GAAAUGGAAAGCGAGAACAGAACAGUGAUAACAGAAUUCAUCCUCCUUGGUCUGACCCAGUCUCAAGAUAUUCAGCUCCUGGUCUUUGUGCUAGUUUUAAUUUUCUACUUCAUCAUCCUCCCUGGAAAUUUUCUCAUUAUUUUCACCAUAAGGUCAGAUCCUGGCCUCACAGCCCCCCUCUAUUUCUUUCUGGGCAACUUGGCCUUCCUGGAUGCAUCCUACUCCUUCAUUGUGGCUCCCAGGAUGUUGGUGGACUUCCUCUCUGAGAAGAAGGUAAUCUCCUACCGAGGCUGCAUCACUCAGCUCUUUUUCUUACACUUCCUUGGAGGCGGGGAGGGAUUACUCCUUGUUGUGAUGGCCUUUGACCGCUACAUCGCCAUCUGCCGGCCUCUGCACUAUUCAACUGUCAUGAACCCUAGAGCCUGCUAUGCAAUGUUGUUGGCUCUGUGGCUUGGGGGUUUUGUCCACUCCAUUAUCCAGGUGGCCCUCAUCCUCCGCUUGCCUUUUUGUGGCCCAAAUCAGCUGGACAACUUUUUCUGUGAUGUCCCACAGGUCAUCAAGCUAGCCUGCACCGACACGUUUGUGGUGGAGCUUCUGAUGGUCUUCAACAGUGGCCUGAUGACACUUCUGUGCUUUCUGGGGCUUCUGGCCUCCUAUGCAGUCAUUCUUUGUCGCAUACGAGGGUCUUCUUCUGAGGCGAAAAACAAGGCCAUGUCCACAUGCACCACCCAUAUCAUUGUUAUAUUCUUCAUGUUUGGACCUGGCAUCUUCAUCUACACGCGCCCCUUCAGGGCUUUCCCAGCUGACAAGGUGGUUUCUCUCUUCCAUACAGUGAUUUUUCCUUUGUUGAAUCCUGUCAUUUACACCCUUCGCAACCAGGAAGUGAAAGCUUCCAUGAAAAAGGUGUUUAAUAAGCACAUAGCCUGAAAAAGGGGGCGGGGGGAGAAUAAAAAUAGAGUGUAGCAUUUUUUCUGAAAUUGAUUUAUUUCCAAGCACUGCAAUCAUUGAAUAUCUCCCAUUUGUCAGGACUAUUCUAGGAUCUGAAGAAAGAAAUUAACGAGGCAGAUAAGGUCUAUCUGCUCUCCAAGAGAUAUAGUAAAAAUAGUAAAAACUAGUAAAAAUAGAUCACCAUUAAGGUAGAAAAUAAACAGCAUAGUUUCAGGAAGAGAUAUUGCUCUGUAAAAACUAAAAAGAAAAGUGAAAUGAUAAAUUGUGACUCUGGAUUGGAAGUAACAAAUUUGUGUUUAACAAUCAAAAAAGGCCUUGAGGAGCUGACAUUUUGGAUCAUAUCUAGAUAAACUGAAGAAGCCAAACAUGCAAACAUUUGGGGCUAUAGAUAGAGGGCACAGGUAGUGUAAAAACUCAAAGAUGAUGAAGAACUUGGUAUAUUUGAGGAAUACGAUUAAGUCCAUGUUACCUGGAAUAUAGUAAUUUAAUGAGAAAAUGAUUAGGCUUAAAGUUGGAGAUAAUGGUAGUGUCAAAAACAUAUGGUCUACAUAGUAAAUAUGAGUUUUAAUUUUAUUACAAUAAGAAGCCAUUCUGUGGCUUUAAGCAAAAGAGUGAUUCCUCUACUGAAAGUUUGUAAACGACUUAGGGCUGUAAACUCAAGAUUCUAUGCAGAUAUCAAAGAGUUUAAAAAUAUCAUUAAGAGGAGAAUAUUAUAUUUGUAAGUGCACUUUGAAAGAUAUUAAACUACCAAUUUUUCUUCCAUAAAUAAGCAGAGAGUGGCAAAAGAAAGCUGGUUACUUUUAUUGAAAAAGGUCACAAAAACAUUUUACUUUUUUUUUCUAGAGCUUCAUUAUUAAUCCUAGCAAAUUUUUAUGACUUUUAGCUGUAUGUUUGACCUUAUUGCCAAUGGAUUUCACUCUAAGUUUAAUAAUGAUAGUCCUUUGGUAGACCAAUCAGGAUUUUGUGUCAGAGAGAAGAAACCAUUCUAGCUAUUUUAAACAAAACAUUAUUUAAUAUCGAGAGUUAGGUGUUCUCAAAAUCUCUGGAAAGUCUAAAAGAGCAGACUAUAGGCUGGACAUCCAGAGACGCCUUACAGACUAACACAGGUGACCUAUGUUGUCAGGGAAGUUGUUCUUGCUAUACAAUCUUAGCCAUCUGUUGUCUGAAAAACACUACAACUUUAGCCAUGUGCCUGGGAUCAAGUUAAUGAUCCAGAAUCACUCUGGACCUAUCAAAUCGCCCCUAGUACAACAGAAGCCUCUCCUACUACCUCCCUGCCUAACUAGCUUACUACAAAUUCAAAUCUCAUAUGAGUACAUUUAAUGGGCAGCAUCAAAAAAAUCUGGAACCCCAAAUGCAAGGGGGUCUAAAAUUGAGUUUUAAAGUAUUUUAUUUUUGAUAAUAACCAAGUUUAUACUUAUGAAUAUAAAUUAUGUACAUGGUAAAAAUAUUCAGACUAUAGAAAAAGUGGUCUGAAUCUUCAAAUAAUCCUUCUCCAUUCUCACUCUGUUUCUGUUGCUUCCUGUUUUACUGAGACAGGUAGCAGGUGAGAAUUCCUUAAUCUCCCAUCACUACCACUAUACAACCUGCAUCUGUGAUUAAGUUUCCUGUAACUUCUCCUGAGACUGGGUGACCUGCUCCUGCUCCUACAGAAGUAAACCCUUCCGCCUGUGCACCAGAUUCCAUCCCCUCCUCUCUACUAAAGGCAAUUACUCUAGUAACUCUCCUUUCUCUCAUCUAUAACAUGAACUUUGUCCUCCCUAUUGGGUGUAACCUUUAGCAUGUAACCACAUUUCUUCCCUCCUAAAUAAAACCUUCUUGCCACCUUUUUCCCUCUCCAUGUCACUUCA